AUGAGACGAGAUGAGAAAAGAUUUCAUAUGGCUAGGCAACAUCACCACCAAGAAACGAGCGUGCAACCAUGGGGUACGUUAGAGGAGUUAUUACUAGCCUGCGCCGUUAACCGUCACGGCACCAAGAGUUGGGACUCAAUCGCCAUGGAAGUACAGAACAGAACUUCUACUCUCCCUUCUCUUACUUCUCAAAACUGUAAAGAUAAGUACAAUGAUCUUAAACGACGCUUCAUGUCUCAAAACGACACAUCCUCUAUCAUCGAUCAACUCCGCAAGAUUCGUGUUGAAGAGCUUAGACGUGAGGUUCAACGACGUGAUGUAUCGAUCGUGUCGCUUGAAUUGAAGGUUAAGAGAUUAGAGGAAGAGAGAGAGCGAAGUUUCAAGGAGGAGGCAGAUCUGAUCAGUGAGAGAAAAUUUUCCAUUGCCGGAAACUCCACCGCCGGCGGUGAUGACUCCGUCGACGAGCGCGACAGUCGAUCAUUCAACGAGUCCAAUUCUACAGGUCAACAAAAAGCAGAAACGACAAUGGUAAGGCAGCAAAACGACGAUGUAGAUAGGCAGCAGAAAAUUAAAGUAAAACCAAACGACUCGGAAAAUAAAAAUGAACAAGAUCCGGUUCCUUCAGGAUCCGACCCGGGAGGGUCCCACAAAAACGGUAAUGAUAAAAAGCCAUUGGCAAUGGUUAAAAAGGAAAGUGAAAUAAAGACGAGUCAGACUACUGGUGGAUUCGGUGGCGAGUCAAAUGAGGUGGGCGAGUCGGUCGGGGAGUCUAAGCGGGAAGAGAGAGACAAAGAGAAGGAGAAGCAAAAUAACAGUGACGUGCAAAGCUCAAUAAGUUUAUCACAGAAUAAAAAGAAACGGCGUGGUAGCAGUGGGGGUGGCGACAGAGUUGGGAGUAGCAGUGGAGAAGAGCCUGAAGGUGGUGAUGAAGUUUCUCCCGCCGUCAAAUCUGAACCGUUGGUUAAGCUCCUUGGGAUUAUUCGGUCUCAUCGGCUUGGCUCGACGUUUGAGCGGCGGCUUCGAAGCCAGGAAUCAGAAAGGUACAAAAACUUGAUCAGACAGCACAUUGAUCUCCAAACGAUUCAAUCUAGACUUGAUAAGGGGGUUUAUUCUUCUUGCAUCCAAAAGUUCUUCAGGGAUCUCCUCCUUUUAUUCAACAAUGCAAUCAUUUUCUUCAGGAAAAACUCACCAGAAAAUCUUGCUGCUUGUGAACUCCGAGCAGUAGUUCAGAAGGAAAUGACAGAGAAGCUUCGAAAACUUAAAACUGAACCUGUCACUGCAAAACCUGAACCAAAACAAACUGCAGUUUCAUUUUCAAAGCCCAACAAAUCUUCUUCCACCAUAGUUGUAUGUGGCAAGGGCAAUUCAAAGAAAGCAAUACCCGAAAAUGAUAUCAAAAAAGGUGAUAAGAAAGAAAGAGAGGUUGAAGAGAAAAUAAAGUUGAAUGAGAGACAGAUUGAUUCAUUUGUUAAGAUUGAAGAGAAAAGUAUAAGGAAGAAAAGGACAAAAGAUAGAUCGAUUUCCAAUCAUAGAAGCAGUAAUACAAGCAACAAGAAUGGCGAGGUAAAGCACCAAUAUGGUGGUAAUGAGCUUAGUUCCCAUGACGCUUUGGAGAUGAAGGUGGAAAGGAAAGGGAAAGGAAGCACCGCAAGGAAAAAGCAAGGAGCAGCUAGCUUCUUGAAAAGGAUGAAGCAAAAUUCACCGAGUGAAGUCCCGGAGAAUGAUGACGAGGACUACGACGAUGAUAAUGAUAAUGAUUCUUCGGAGGAAGACGAGAAAAAAGAUAGCAAAGGAAAAGAGGAGAAAGGAAGAAGGAGAGGAAAGAUUAUAGAUGGAAUGACAGAAAGGGUAACGAGGAGUUCGAGGGGAAGAGGUGCAAGAGAGAAUGGAAGAGGAAAGAGAGGAGUUGGAAGGCCACCAAGAAAACAAGCGGAGAGAGGGGAAUCGGGUGGUGGGACAGGGAAGAGGGGAAGAGAGAAUGGAGGUUCUGAGGUGGGGAGGACAAGGAAGAGGUCAAAGAGGUGAUUGUUGUAUGAUGUAUAUUAUUGUUAAAAAGGUUUUUUCUUUUUUUGUUAUUUUAUUUCUUCACUAAAAAUUUAGAGUAUCACUACCCAGUAGUAUAGGAGAGAAAGAAAGAAAGAAAGAAAGAAAGAAAGAGAUAUCGAGAUUGCACUUGUAGAAGAAUGUUUGAGGUGGGGAUUGCAUAUACAUAACAGAUUUUGGUUCAUCACUUCACUUUGCUGUGAAAAAGAUAAUAAUAAUAAAAAGCAAUGGUUUCAUUUCUA